GUACGUGCAGAAUGAGUUUGUUUGUGUUUGUCUGCUACACUGGGGGUGUGUCCUAUAUAAGACCUGGACCAGAUAAAUAAAAAGCAGAUUGUUGCAUUGACGCAGAUUUCUUUGAGUCUUCUACUGUACAUUUUGGGCUCAGCACCUGUUUACAGUGUUAAAUAUGGCAUCAGUACUUCAAAAACUCAUCACGCCUCUCUUCCGCGGUCCGGCUGAACCUCCAAGGAAUAAAGUGACUGUGGUUGGGGUUGGUCAGGUCGGCAUGGCGUGUGCCGUCAGCAUUCUCAUGCGGGAGCUGGUAGAUGAACUAGCGCUGGUGGACGUCAUGGAAGACAAACUCAAGGGUGAGAUGAUGGACCUGCAGCAUGGAAGUCUCUUCCUAAAGACGCCCAAGAUCGUUUCAGGAAAAGAUUACGCUGUGACUGCCAACUCUCGCAUCGUGGUGGUAACGGCCGGGGUUCGCCAGCAGGAGGGUGAAAGCCGACUGAAUCUGGUGCAGAGAAACGUCAACAUCUUCAGACACAUCAUCCCUCAGAUUGUUAAAUACAGUCCGAACUGCAUCCUCAUCGUAGUGUCCAACCCAGUGGACAUUUUGACCUACGUGACCUGGAAGUUGAGCGGUCUUCCCAAGCACAGAGUCAUCGGCAGCGGAACCAACCUGGACUCAGCACGCUUCCGCUACCUGAUGGCCGAGCGUUUGGGGAUUCACCCGAGCAGCUUCAACGGCUGGAUACUGGGAGAGCACGGAGACACCAGCGUUCCUGUUUGGAGUGGCACUAAUGUGGCUGGUGUGAGUCUCCAGAAACUCAAUCCAGAAAUUGGCAAAGACACUGACCGGGAGAGCUGGAAUAAAACUCACAAGAUGGUUGUGGACAGUGCCUACGAGGUGAUCCGACUGAAAGGUUACACUAACUGGGCCAUCGGUUUGAGCGUGGCGGACCUGACGGAGAGCCUGAUGAAGAACCUGAACCGGGUCCAUCCUGUUUGCACCAUGGUGAAGGGUAUGUAUGGGAUCAACAACGAGGUCUUUCUGAGCCUGCCGUGUGUGUUAAACAGCGCUGGAGUGGGCAGCGUGGUCAACAUGACACUGAACGGUGAUGAAAUCUCUCAGUUGAAGAGCAGCGCAGAUACGCUCUGGACCAUCCAGAAAGAUCUCAAAGAUCUGUGAUCGGAAAAAAAAACCUUUUAAGGUCUUAGCGACAAAUUGGAUUCAGAUGCAGUAGUCUUAAUUUCAGAUGAUUUAGAUGUCUGGAAACACGCUUGUUUGUCAGAUUAGCACUUUAAGAGAAAACCAAUCGUGGUGUCUGAAAGUAUACGUGUGAAAUAUAUAGUAAAAUAAAAUACAAUGCAAGUCAAAAGUUUGGACACAUUUGAAUGUUACUUUAGAACCUAAACCUGUUAAUCAAAAUGUUUAUGCGUUAAUGCUUGAAAUGCGAUUGUUCCAUACAUUUGAUGGAUAGUGAAGGAAAACAGCCAACAAAAUAGCCAGUAAACCACUUCUAAAGGGUUUAAAAAGCUGUAACUAUGAAGAAGAUUGAUUUGAAUUGUUUCAUGACUUAUAUUUGACACAUUUCAGAACAGUAAUAAUAUUAAGUUUGUCUAAACCUUUGACUAGUAUUGUUAAAGUGCAAUUAGUAAGCUUCAUGCUUAAAACAUCUACUCAGUUGUGUUUAAUAUUCGCAUUUUCAAAUGUGAUCUGUAUCAAAGUUUGACAACAGAUAGAUGGAAAGUCAAGAAUAUAAUUCAUUUAUUAAACAGGAUCUUUGUCUGUAAAAAUGUA